AUGGCUGCUCCCCCGAAGCAGCGGAGCCUCCUCCGGAUGAUGUGCGCUUUGCUCCUCGCCGGGAUAACAGCAGCAAGCGGCUCAAACGUGUGCACAUCCAGAGGAGCCAGCACAUGCAAGCAGUGUCUGGCCGUGCACCCCAGCUGUGCGUGGUGCUUCCAAGAGGACUUCGGCCAUGGAGUUGCCGGCUUAUCUCGCUGUGAUCUGAAGAAGAACCUCCUGGCAGCGGGGUGCUCUUCAUCGACUAUGGAGUCACCGAGCAGCAAACUGCAGGUGAUUGAAGACCGGCCUCUUAGCAACAAGGCAGCGGGCGCAACACAGGACGUUACCCAGAUAAAACCCCAAAGACUCCACAUCACUCUCAGGCCGGAUGACUCCAAGCGCUUCACUGUGAAGGUGCGUCAGGUCGAAGACUACCCCGUUGACCUGUACUACCUCAUGGAUCUCUCCUACUCCAUGAACGAUGACCUGUUCCGCCUGCGGACGCUCGGCAAAGGCCUGGCUGAAGCCAUGAGCCGCACAACCAGCAACCUGCGCAUGGGCUUCGGGGCGUUCGUGGACAAGCCGCUCUCGCCGUACAUGUACAUCUCACCUGAGGAGGCGGUGAAAAACCCCUGCUACAGUAUCAAUACCACCUGUCUGCCUCAGUUCGGCUACAAACACGUUUUGUCUUUGACGGAGGAGGUGAGUCGCUUCACAGAGGAGGUGAAGAAGCAGAUGGUGUCCAGGAACCGAGACGCCCCGGAGGGCGGCUUCGACGCCAUCAUCCAGGCUGCUGUGUGCAAGGAGCAGAUAGGCUGGCGUCCCGAUGCGUCCCACCUCCUGAUUUUCACCUCAGACGCCAAAACCCACGUGGCUCUGGAUGGUCGGCUGGCUGGAAUCGUGCAGCCCAAUGACGGGCGGUGCCAUCUGGACACUGAGAACGUUUACGGCAUGUCUACCACCAUGGACUACCCGUCUCUUGCGUUGAUCACAGAGAAGAUGUCGGAGAACAACAUCAACCUCAUCUUCGCUGUCACCAACCCUGUGGUUCCACUCUACCAGAACUACAGUGAACUGAUUCCUGGCACCACAGUGGGAACACUGUCCAACGAUUCCGGAAAUGUUAUUCAGCUAAUACUGAAGGCCUACGCUAAAAUUAGAUCCAAGGUGGAGCUGGAGCUUCUAGGUGUCCCAGAGGAGCUGUCUUUGUCCUUUAAUGCCACCUGCCUGAACGGAGAGCUCAUCCCAGGCCUCAAGUCCUGCUCCGGCCUCAAAGUAGGAGACACGGUCUCGUUCAGUGUGGAGGCGCGUGCUCGCGGUUGCCCCAAACAAAAGAAAAAGACCUUCAUCAUCAAACCAGUGGGCUUCAAGGACUCCCUCUCGAUUACCGUCACCUUUGAGUGUGACUGCAAGUGCCAGGCCAAAACCCAGCCCAACAGCCCGAAAUGCAGCCACGGCAACGGCACCUUCGAGUGUGGCAUCUGUCUGUGCCAUCCGGGCCGGCUGGGCCCGUACUGCGAGUGUGCAGAGGGCGACUAUAACCCCACGGAGCAGGACCGCUGCAGUGGACCCGCAGGACCUGGGGGACCUCAAUCCGCCAUCUGCAGCGGCCGUGGCGACUGUGUGUGCGGACAGUGUGUGUGCCACAGCAGCGACUUCGGGAAAGUCUGGGGGAAGCUGUGUGAGUGCGAUGACUUCAACUGCCUGCGCUACAAAGGAGAGCUGUGCUCAGGUCAUGGCGUUUGUGACUGUGGUUUCUGCCAGUGUGCCCCUGACUGGCAGGGGGAGAACUGUAACUGCUCCAGACGCACCGAUACCUGCAUGUCCAACUUGGGUCUGCUGUGCAGCGGGAGGGGCCAAUGUGUCUGCGGGGUUUGUGAGUGCACACAGCCGGGGGCCUAUGGGGCCACGUGUGACAAGUGCCCCACCUGUCCAGAUGCCUGCACCAUGAAGAAGGAGUGUGUGGAGUGUAAACACUUCAAGAGAGGCAAGCUGUACGAGGACAACACCUGCAGUCGGAUUUGCAAGGAUGAGAUUGUGCUUGUGGAUGAACUAGAGCUCCAUUACACGAACGCUGUGAACUGCUCCUACAAAGAUGAAAACGACUGUGUGGAGUAUUUCCAGUACUAUGAGGAUGUCAGUGGCAAAUCCAUCCUGUUUGUUGUCAAAGAGCCAGACUGUCCCAAGGGUCCAGACAUUUUGGUGGUCCUUCUCUCAGUGGCUGGAGCCGUCUUGUUCCUCGGCCUGGCUGCUCUGCUGAUCUGGAAACUGCUGGUUACCAUUCACGACAGACGGGAGUUUGCUAAAUUUGAAGAAGAGCGAGCUCAGGCCAAGUGGGACACGGGGCACAAUCCACUUUACAAAGGAGCCACAUCUACCUUCACAAACAUCACAUACAGAGGAAAAGACUGAUGCUACUGAACAAAGAUGAAGAGUAGAGGACAAAAUUAUGGACUUUUGCCAUCCUUUGGGAGAAA